CCUAGAUGGUAUACUUUAUUCCAGAAGCUGAUAAUGUUUUUAUUCAAUACUGAGGUUAGACCAAGAUCAAAUUCGUCACCGCUGUUUCAGAGGGCUUUUCAGUUCUCAGGCAGGCGCAACUGGAAUGCAGCAAAAGACUUGCAGAGAUACAGACAUCAUUACCCGGGUUUGAUAGAACCAGAAAAUGAGGAGGAAGAGAUGUGGAACUUAAGCUUUUAUAAAAAUGAGAUUAAUUUUUCGCCCCAGGGUUUGCAUAUUGACACUCUGCUUGAAUCUUGGUGGGACAACUAUGAAGUUCUGGAAGAAAAUCAUUCUUACAUACAGUGGCUAUUCCCUUUACGUGAGCAUGGGAUGAACUGGCGUGCCAAACCACUCACGUCUCAAGAAAUCAAGGCCUUUAAGAAGUCCAAGGAAGUUAUGCAAAGGUUCAUCCGUGCUUAUCAGCUCAUGCUGAGAUUUUAUGGAAUCAUUCUGGUCAGCGAGGAAACCGGAGAACUUAAGAGAGCAGAGAAUUGGGCUGAACGAUUUCAGAACUUGAACCGGUUCAGCCACAACAAUUUGCGGAUCACGCGCAUCCUGAAGUGCCUGGGGGAGAUGGGAUAUGAACACUAUCAAGUGCACUUGGUAAAGUUUUUCCUAACAGAAACUCUGGUUAAGGAGACGUUACCAAAUGUCAAGAGAAGUGCCUUGGAUUACUUCUUGUUCACCGUCAGAAGCAAGCAGAAGAGAAAAGAACUGGUCUACUAUGCUUGGCAACACUUCAGACCUCGAAGCAGUUUCGUGUGGGGGCCGCACGACAAACUUGUGAAGUACAGACCCCGCUCUGCCAAGUCACAGCUGCACCCAAAGGCUGAAGUUAAACAGGAAACUCCUGGUGAAAAAUGUGAUGAUUCAGUGGAGAGGGAUCAGAACCAGUCCCUAGAAGAGCAGCAGAGAGCUGGAGAUGCUGCAGACUUGCAGCCUGAAGUGAAUGAUGAAGAUGUAAAAGAGAAGAUAAGUGACUGUGUUUUGAAGGGAGGAGAUGGUCAAGAGAAGGAGGCUUCACCUACCCAGCAGGAGAAGGAGGAGGGUUUGAACAGUGAGACUGAAGAAGUGCAGGGUGCAGCAGAGAAUGAUUGCACGAAGGAAAGCAAGAAGAGAAAACUGGAUGCAAAUAUGGCAGAUGCUAAAAAGAGCGGACCGUUGAAAAGCCCUACUGAUAUUGAAAACAUCUCCCGUAAUCUGGGUGAAUGUGCCAUUGAUGCAGAAAUCCCUUCCUCAGUUUCGCUCUUAGAAGCAGAAGAGGAUCAGGAAACACUGAAAGAAGAUGACGCAAGUACCAAAGAUUUAACAGUGCCGGAGUCCACUGACGCAGCUGUAAAACGAAGGAAAGUUGAUAAAAGAACAUCGAGAAACAAAGCAUUCAGCUUGGCCAUAAACCUGAACGUGGGGCCCUCUGCUUCUAGUGCUGAGUUAAAUCCAUCUGUUGUGAACGCUGAGGCUGAAAAAGAAAAUGUCAGUGAGAAAAAUGCAACUGUGGAAGUGAGAAGUGAGAAGGGGGAUGGAGAUGCAAAUGGUGGGGAUCUGAGACCCCCGGGUGAUUCCAGGCUCCCCAAAACUGGGUGGACUUCUCCAGUAAGUGAUGAUGGCUUGAAGUCAAGUGGAGAUCAAGUCACAGCAAAGAGUGAUCAGCACCGCUGCAACAGCACGCUCCUGGAGGGCAAAAGUGAGGUAGUUGGGGUAGAACAGCAUAAAAAGGCAGAAAACGCCAGUGAAAAAGGGCAAGCAGAAGUCACAGACAAGAAACAAGUUUCGGAGAGUCUUGAGCAGAGCACGGCAUCCACUUGUCCUGAAGAAGACGCUGCUGAGGUUGCAACACAAAACCCUGAAAGCUGUGAGCGUGCAGCAGAACCUGGUGAAGAGCAGGUGGCAGCGGAUUGA